AUGGCUACGACCGUGCUCUCCAAGCGCAUCCCACCGAUCCUCAGCUCCUCGCCCCUUUUCCACACAAAUUACCUCACUUUCCUCACCACGGCCUCCUCCUCCUCCACCCCAAUUUCUCUCAUCGGACCACCGGAAAUCUACACACUACCGGCCGCCGCCGCUCCCUCCGCCCCUCCGUCCGCCACCGCCUCGAAUGAAAAUCCAUUCAUGGACCAGAUGGUGGCUAAUUACAACAAUUUUGGGCUGUCCCCGCCGAUGGGCCUGACGGAGAAUCACUCGCCGACGUUCCUCUCCUCCGGCAACCCCUGUCUCGAUUUCUUCUUCCAUGUUGUCCCGAACACGCCUCCGGAACCCCUCGUCCGCCGCCUGGAACUUGCCUGGAAGCACGACCCGUUAACAGCGUUGAAACUCAUCUGCAAUCUCCGAGGGGUGAAAGGCACCGGCAAAUCCAACCGGCAGGGCUUCUACACAGCCGCCCUGUGGCUGCACGAGAACCACCCAAAAACCCUAGCUGGAAACUUGGACGCCUUCGCAGGCUUCGGUUACGGCAAAGACCCGCUGGAGAUACUUUACCUGCUUCUCGAAGGUCCAGAUGCUCGACAAGCUGCGUUAAGUGCAAAAUUGGAUCACGAGAUGUGGAAAAAGAGGAACGAGGGGCGGAAAUCAAGGGGAAAAGAAUGUAAGGUGGCCCGUCGCGGUUAUUACGGAAGGAAAUUGAUCCAGCUAGAGCCAGAGCCAAGAUUGAGCCAUGAAGAGAAGAGAAUCUUGAAGGCAAAAAGGGUUGUCGAGAGGUUUAAUACCGACCCCGAUUACAGAUUCCUGCACGAACGAGUUUCCGAUUAUUUCGCUCGGAACCUGAGAUCGGAUAUGGAUUUGCUGAACAAAGGGGAGAUGUGCAAAAUCAGCCUUGCUGCAAAAUGGUGUCCCACAUUGUACUCCUCGUACGACAAUGCCACACUCUUGUGUGAAACGAUUGGUAAGAAGGUUUUCCCGAGGGACGAGUAUCCCGAAUAUGAAGGAGUUGAGGAGGCACACUAUGCGUAUCGUGUUAGGGACCGUCUAACAAAGGAGAUUCUUGUGCCCCUGCGUAAAACCCUGCAACUUCCCGAAGUUUACAUGAGCGCCAACAAUUGGGCUUCCCUUCCGUACAACAGGGUUGCUUCGGUUGCCAUGAAAACGUACAAAAGCUUGUUCUUCAAACACGAUGAGGAAAGGUUUCAUGAGUAUCUGGAUAAGGUUGAGAAAGGGGAAGCCAAGAUUGCAGCUGGGGCCUUGCUUCCGCACGAGAUAAUUGCUGCCCUGGACGAUGGCUCGGACGAUGGUUGCCAGGUGGCGGAGCUUCAGUGGAGGAGGAUGGUUGAUGACAUGGCUGAGUCAGGGACGAUGAAUAACUGCUUAGCUGUCUGUGAUGUGUCGGGGAGUAUGCACGGGACUCCGAUGGAUGUGUCAAUUGCGCUUGGGGUUUUGGUCUCGGAAUUGAGUGAGGAGCCGUGGAAAGGGAAGGUCAUCACGUUCAGUGCGAAUCCAGUGCUUCAAACGGUCAGCGGUGAUAGCUUGAAGGAGAAAACAGAGUUUGUGAGGGAGAUGGAUUGGGGUUAUAAUACCGAUUUUCAGAAGGUGUUUGAUGUUCUUCUUCGUGUGGCGGUUGAUGGGAAGUUGAAACCGGGUCAGAUGAUUAAGAGACUGUUUGUUUUCAGUGAUAUGGAGUUUGACAAGGCAUCCGAAAGGCCUUGGGAAACGGAUUAUAAGGUGAUCGUGAGGAAGUUUGAGGAGAAUGGGUACGGAGAUUUUGUGCCGGAGAUUGUGUUUUGGAAUCUGAGGGAGUCGCUGGCCAUCCCUGUGCCGGCCGGCCAGCGAGGAGUGGCGCUCGUGAGCGGGUUUUCGAAGAAUCUUAUGAAGCUGUUUAUGAAGGAAGGUGGAGAUUUCAAUCCUGUGGAGAUUAUGGAGGCUGCGAUUUCCGGUGAGGAGUAUCGGGAACUUCAAGUGUUGGAUUGA